AUGUCGCUACAUCCUGGACGCCUCUCCUCGGACAGCCUGGAUGCCGUCCCUGCAUCCUCGAGGUCCCCGCCACCCAUGGAUUUUGACCAAUGGAGUGGCACCCACGAAGCGAUAGAGAGCGACGAUGAGAGAGAUAUCCAGGAGGUUGUCCCACAUACCCAGGAGCUGACCGUAGAUGCUGACAAGGUCAACGACACCGACAAGACGCUCACUAUCGAAACUCCUUCACCCACUCAUAACAUGCAGGAAAGCGUUUCUGAUGCGGAUGGUGGAAGCGUACGCAGUAUGCCCGUCGUCCAGGUCACUGAGCCGUCUAGUCCUGUACCAAUGUCGGCCCAGAGUACCAACUCUCGAUUCCCGCCCUCACCAAGCACGUCGCUGGCGCCGGCUUCUGCGUUGUCAGGACCUCGUAGGAACCGGAAUCGUGCUACUCUUGAUACCCGAGCAUCCAAUCGUCUAUCGGGGUUUUUCUCCUCGCUCAUUCACCGUCGGGACGCCAUACCUGCUACUUCUGCGGAUUCAAGCUCUCCAGCUUCACCUAUUGCAAACUCCUCCCGGGGAUCGUCCCCGGCACCCUCUCGUCCAACCACACCACCGCCAAGGUUGCCACCGCCUUCACUGAAAGAUUUAGGUCUUGUACUGUCCUCAUUAACGAACCACAUCAAUCCAUCACACGCCAAUGGACCCCCUUCCAGCGGUGCAUUCCUCAAGCCGCAUUAUCUACUGUUAUGUCAUGCGCAAGGAUUAGACGUUUUGCCACUCUUGACACCUCCUGCGCCCCAGCCUUAUGCACUGAUCAGGAGGGUCGCUUUCAAGAGCGUUGUAGUCAUGGAACAUCGAGGCGUGUUGGUUGCAAUUGCCGGGAGGAGAAAUGGCGUGCGCGUAUAUGCAUUGGAGGACAUCAAGCGUGCAGUAGAGUGGAGAAUCGAGGUUGAGGUGAGAAGGGAGCAGGAGCGCUCACGCAGGGAAGAAGCAAAACGCGGACCGGCCAGUUCGAUCAGUAUAGGUCAGCUACAGUCGGAGCCAAGGGCCUCGGUCGACAGGAUGCUUGAGAAGCAGCCCAUGACACCCGUGUCUACUGGACCUAGUAAAGCUGCUGCCCGCCGGUCGUCGAUUUCUGCGCCACCUGCAAGUCCCACACGAACACCUACGGCGCGGAGACCAAAGACUGCCGAAGGUGUACCACCCACUCCCUCAGAACCUACCCCUGUAGGUCCGCCUCCUGCAUAUACAAGCUCCUUGCCAUCUCGUGAACCCGAGGCUCCUGCAGCACCGUUUGCGUCAUCACGGCCUCGCGCUACUUCACUCAGCGACGUCCUGCAAGGUACGCUGAGCAGACGUCAGACAGGUGACUUUCGCGUCGAGAGGACAGAUGAAGGAGAUGAAGAUUCAAAGGCUGAGUGGGCUUCGAGCGAUGAUGAAGCAAUCAAUGUAGUUGCAGCUCCAAGUGGCAGCCAAGCUUUAGACGAACGAACAAGCUCAAUGGCUACUGGAUCUGUUGCAGGUUCGACUUCCGACUCGAACCCGCGUAUUGAGAUCGCUCGCUCCCAGACUGCUUCCUCGAUACACCGCCGCAGUCGUCCUGCUAAUCUCGAUUUGUCUUUGAGUUUGACUAGAGCAAAUUCUAGAGCGACUGUUGCUCCUCCGCCGUCCCCUACUCCUACCUUGCUCACUUUACGUCAAGCGCUCACCCUCUUUCCGCAGAAUAAUCCAAAUUCGACCACGACGGGGGUGUCCAACAACGGUACAGACAUGGAUGUUGAUCCGGAUGAAGACGAUGACGGCGAUAUCGAUCCUUCAUCACCUACAACUCCCACUCGACAACGCAUUUCUCUUGCUGAGGCUUUGAUGGAGAGUCGCCUGCCGGAAUUACCGCCAGCUGGUUCGCGACGUCCUCAGGAACCCAUCCUUCUUGGAUCCGGGAUUGUACAGGAAGAUGGUCAACUCAGCAGUCCGAGAACAUCGGAAUCUAGUACGGCACACACGAGGAGAAGCACAGGCGAACAGUCGAGCCGGAGGCGGAGGCGAUGGUCAGUCUUGGAUGGUAUUUUCUCUCAUUCGCCAACUAGCUCCCAGUCGUCGAUCCCUGCUGUUCGAGAAGGGAUGGGAAUGAAUCGCGUCGCAUCGCCGAUGGAAAGCGAGGACACACAUGCGGAGAGACUCAGUGAAGCGACCCACUCGACUUCCCUUCUGUCUCGGUCGCAGUCGAGUCGCAUAGCGCAAUCGGAGUCCACUGCGACCGUCCGAGCUCCCCCGCCUACUCGACCGUCGACGUCGCCAGGCAUCGGAGCACAGACCCAGCAGGCACGAGAUCGCGCUGCCACAUUAGCAGCUAUAGGCAAUGGACGUCCACCUCCCGGAGCAACACCUACUUCAUCAGCUCGUUUCCUGCCGCGAAUCAUCACUAGUGCUUUUCAGUCUCGCCGUUCCGAUGACUUGCCUGCGCUUCCGCGUGUGGGCGAGGCCGACUCCCGAAAGUCAAGUGGACUGCCUCCCCCGCCACAGGCCCCUGCGCCCAAGCUCGAGUAUGCGAAAUUACCUGGCACGAAAGGCGCUGUGCUCAUCAAAGCAGUGGAAACCGCAAAGAAGAGCUUCCUUGCCAUUCUCUGUGGUGAAAACGGGGAGAAGGUGGAGCUGUUCGCCGGCACUUACCGCACUGCUCUCCAGCUGUCUCGCACGUUCAUCCUACCUGACUCGCCAAAAUCUCUUGAGUUACAGCUGCAGGGAGAUGACUUGGUUGAGGUAUUUCUGGUUUUCACUCAGAAUGUCUUCGGCCUGGAGCCAGCUACUGUACGGGUUCGUGAGGUCAGAAUAGGCAGAGCGGAGCGGCGGGCAGCGCGACGUCGAGCACGUGGUAAUAGGCCUGAUCAGCCAGGUGAAGGCGAAGGCGAGAGUGCUACGGCGGAUGAUGAUACUGCUGUAAAUGUCACGGUUGUAUCGGCGCCGUCGACUUCUACCGCGGAUGAAGGUACUCAGAGGAGCCCGUUGCCAGCGUCUUCUGGACCGUCUCAGUCACCCAAUGCCUCUCAGGCACACUUGGGCACACUCAGUGCAAGUAACUCGAGUGAAGAAUUGGCGAGUCUUGCUGCUGCGCAAAAUACACCCUAUACAACGUUCCAACAACUAGCUUUUGCACCAAACUUCCCUUUGGCUACUAUAUCGGACGAGUAUAUCAUUCCUCCCACUUACAUGUCAUUUCUGGAAUAUAGGAACGCUCACGAACCUGAAGUCAACGGAGAUACCAACGUAGAUCUUUCACAAGUACAGUUUUCUCCACCUGGUCUCCCCGUCCCAGCUCCUUCCCCACCCUCCCGGUGGCUCUAUCGAGACCCUAAGGGGAAUAUCCAUGGCCCCUGGAAGGCGUCUCUUAUGCAGGCUUGGUAUAGAGACGCCCUUCUUCCUCCGGACCUACCUGUUCGGAGGGAGGAGGGCUCGGAGUACAUUCUCCUCAGGGAUCUGAGGCUGCAGUGUGUCGACCCGACACAUCCUUUUAGAACGGCAGCUUCUGCCUCGACUCCGAGCCAAUUGCCGGUCUCAGUUGCAGAUGCUACCAAGCCCCUCCUAUCUCCCACAUCUCUCCUCGCGCAACCCAGACAAUUUGGACCCCCGGCGCUUUUUUACUCUUCGCGAGGUGGCCAUAGUACGAGCAUAGUUGACGCUCGAGGUAGGUCAGUGCUGAAAGGGCGCUUCAUGUGGACCUCUGAUGAAGAGGAUGAGUAUCGGUCGGUUCCGGUCAGACUUGGGGAUGUUAAACGUUUAGAAGCAUUCGAUAUGGACGAUCGGGCGGUACUCGUCGCUCUGCGGCAAGGCGGUCUUGAAGUAGUUGACUUCGGUGACGCGCUACUUCGUCCUGGCGAUCAUUCGCGUCCCAUCUACCCACAUUUCCAGCCCCCAGUGUCCAGUAUCAGUAGGCGGGGUCCGUUCGUGUGGAGAAUUGGGACACCUUUGUCAUUGCAUCCACCUGUUUCAUCUAUGCCUAUCGCGACAUCGGGAGCGAAGUCUGCCAUUGUGCAUCGCAAGAAGACUAGCACAGGACCUGCUAAAUCGCCUCGAUCCGACUAUGCGCAUGCUGGUGAUAUCGACCCCGACCGUAUCUCGGACGAAGUUCUGUUCUUGGGCAGGCAGAACGAUGAAAUAUACCUGUGUGAGAGGAGGAUUGGCUCUUUUCGGAUAUUGAAGUUGUCGCCUCACGCAUCUUCGCCUCCAUUUUGA